AUGCACUUCACCGAGACCGUUUUUGGUGGUGUUGUGAUGCUAGGGUAUCUCAGCAUCUACAAUAGCGGUUCGCUGUAAGCGGUUCGCUCUACACGUUAUAAAACGGUGUUUGGUUGUUGUGAAGACAAUUUGUCUGUGGCAUUUAGCUACUUUUUCAGAUUAUCGCUGUUUGAUUCUCAAAGAUAUCGUCAUGGCGCAGUACAAAGGAGCAGCAAGCGAGGCUGGAAGAGCCAUGCAGCUGAUAAAAAAGCGUGAAAAGGAAAGAGAACAACUUUCACAGCUAAAGGAGAAAAUUGCUCAGGACAACAUGGUCAAGUCCAACAUCGAUAAGAAGUUCUCAGCUCAUUAUGAUGCGGUGGAAGCAGAGCUCAAAUCCAGCACUGUUGGUCUGGUGACACUCAAUGAUAUGAAGGCCAGGCAGGAGGCACUUGUGAAAGAACGAGAAAAGCAACUGGCCAAGAAGGAGCAAUCAAAGGAGUUGAUGCUGAAGCUGGAGAAGCAGAAGGAGAAGAAGAGAAAGGAAGAGCAGAAGAGAAAGAUAGCCAGUUUAUCCUUUAAUCCGGAAGAUGAAGAGGAGGAGGAAGAGGAGAAAGAGGAGACCGAUGAAGAGGAAGAGGAAGAGGACUAUUUCCCUGCUAAGAAGAAGAAGCUAGGGAAGAACCCAGAUGUGGACACCAGUUUCCUGCCUGACCGGGACCGAGAGGAGGAGGAGAAUCGUCUUCGAGAGGAACUGCGCCAGGAGUGGGAGGGAAAGCAAGAAAAGAUUAAGAGUGAAGAAAUUGAGAUCACAUUCUCCUACUGGGAUGGAUCGGGGCAUCGUAAGACUGUCAAGAUGAAGAAAGGCAACACCAUGCAGCAGUUCCUUCAGAAAGCACUGGAGGUCCUGAGGAAAGAUUUCAGUGAGCUCAGGGCUGCUGGUGUGGAACAGCUGAUGUAUAUCAAAGAGGAUUUGAUCAUCCCACAUCAUCAUAGUUUCUAUGACUUCAUUGUGACGAAAGCUCGAGGCAAAUCUGGCCCACUCUUCAGCUUUGACGUCCACGAUGACAUUCGGCUGGUGAACGACGCCACGGUUGAAAAAGACGAGUCUCACGCAGGUAAAGUGGUGCUGAGGUGCUGGUAUGAAAAGAACAAGCACAUCUUCCCCGCCAGCCGCUGGGAGCCCUACGACCCGGAGAAGAAAUGGGACAAAUAUACUAUCCGGUGAAAAUAUUGUCUUCAGGAUCAUUCUGGACACAAAUUUUAUUUCUGUGUUUUACUAUGAAUGUAUUGUCAGAAGCAUUCUCCUUUCAGAUUUAAUAAAUUGUAUUCACUUUAAAACAUUAUGUUACUCUUCAUUGAUACUCCUCAACUUUUUAUGUCAAUCCCCCAAAGUGUUGUUUUAUGAAACCAUAGUGAUCUCUUUAGCAAUAAGAUAACAGUUCUGUUUAAUAAAUAUUCCAACUUUAAUUUCUAUGAAAAUAUGUGAUCCUAUUUUUGAAAUACAAAUAAACCUACACUUGGAUGCUG